AUGUUGCUGCUUGCCUGGAUGCUAGCACUACCAACAUUCUUUCUCGUCCUUCCAAUAUCCAGCGCUGUCGCUGUGGUGGAAGAAGAAAAAGAGGGCAGCCGUCAGAUCAUUAAGAGGACGUUAUUAUGGAUGGAAACCAAAGAGAUUGCCCCGAAUGUUUCCAUGCCCGUCAUGAGCAUUGGUACCGGCGGUCAGGAACACGGGAACGCCAAACAGAUUGUCUCUAAUUGGCUGACAGUAGGAGGACGGGCCAUUGAUACGGCGCUCAACUAUGGGAAUCAAGAUCAAGUGCGACAAGCCAUUCAAGAAUCGGCGACAGAAUUGACAAGAGACGACGUCUUUAUCACCACCAAAAUACCCGAUUGCAACGUGACGAAUGUGGCGCAGUACAUUCAACAAGACUUGCAAUUGCUGGGCACCACUUACGUCGACUUGUUGUUGAUUCACGGACCUCGUCGUGGCGAUUGUGUGGAAACAUGGAAGUACCUGGAACAUGCUUACCUCAACGACAAAACAGCACGGGCCAUUGGAGUCAGCAAUUUUCGGACUGCCGAUUUGGAACCCCUCUUGCAACACGGGACAGUGGUGCCGCAUGUCAAUCAAAUUCAACUCAACCUGCUGCACAAGGAUGUCGACACGAUUCGUUAUUGUGACCAGCAUGGAAUUGUCGUCGAGGCAUAUUCACCCUUGGGACGUGCCGGGACGAGAGGAGAUUUGGCACACAACAAGGUCAUUCAAGGCAUUGCACAAGCCCAUGGAAAUGUGACAAUCUACCAGGUCGCACUCAAGUGGAUACUUCAGCAUGGAUGGAUACUGACGUUUCAGUCGUCGUCCCGACAGCAUCAGGAAGUCGAUGCGGAUGUAUUCCACUUUACACUCAGUGACGAGGAAAUGAAGCGACUGGAUGCCCUUUCCUCGUCAGACUCAGUUGGUGUCUAG